AUUAGAAAAUUAGACGAAUUCUCGUCGAAACCACAAUUACUUUAUUUCACGACAGAUUCCACACUUCAUUACAGAUUCGUUGAAGCUCCUGGUAAACGAAACGUGGUGUACAAGUGCUCAAUAACGAGAGAUAAACGAGGAGUAGAUAAAGGCAUGUAUCCCACAUACUAUCUACACCUUGAGCGCGAGGAUAAGAAAAAGAUUUUCCUUUUGGCUGCACGUCGACGGAAAAAAAGCACUACUGCAAACUACUUGAUCUCAACUGAUGCUACCGAUCUGAAACGGGAAGGAACGGCAUUUGUGGGCAAAGUAAGGUCGAACGCGAUUGGGACAAUGUUCACACUAUAUGACGGUGGCUUGAAUCCAAAAAAGUCAACGAUUGCUUCGAACAUUCGACAGGAAUUAGCUGCUGUCAUUUACGAAACAAAUGUGCUCGGAUUCAAAGGACCGCGUAAGAUGCACGUUCUGAUACCGGGCAUCUACGACAUGAGCACCUAUGAACGAAAGUCGAUUCGUCCAGUUGCUGUAAGUCAGAAGGACACUCUACUCGAAAGGUAUCGUCAACGACGAACUGAAGACAUCAUUGUGAUGCAAAACAAAAGUCCUGUCUGGAACGAAGAUUCACAAUCGUAUGUUCUCAACUUCCAUGGACGAGUAACACAAGCCUCGGUAAAGAACUUUCAGAUCAUCCACGGCCGUGACCCCGACUACAUCGUUAUGCAAUUCGGUCGCAUCUCAAACGAAUGCUUUUCGAUGGAUUUUCGUUAUCCACUUAGUGCACUUCAAGCGUUCGGCAUCGCCAUGACGAGUUUCCAUGGAAAACUUGCCUGCGAAUAA